AUGUACUCCACGUCAUUGCUGUACGGUUUGCUAGCUACUUUGUUCCUUUGCAGUCAACUCGUGGCCUCACAAAAUGGUACAUCAUCAUCUGCCAACCGUAACAAGGUGCUGUCGCGAAGGAGAAGAUUUUUGCUCUUCCCACCCGGGGCUAACUUUAUCGUUACCGUUUCUGGUGGUAAAGGAACCAUCUUUGAAACACCUCGGGGCUACAAUCUGGUGGCUGAGUUGGAUAUGUAUCACCCGCUGCCUGAUUACAUGUACCAUGCGACAUCGUUGCGACUGGGUGAGAUUGCGUUGUAUCCAAAUGAGCAAACCACAACGAUUAAACCCACGUCUCCAUCAAGUGGUGAAGCACACCACGACCACGAACUGUCAGAGCAGGAGCUCAACGAAUAUCUCAAAGCACACCCAGAAGCGUGGAUACCUACAAAUUGGAUCAGAGAUCGUGCCGAUUACUCCGGUUCUAAAGUCACUAAAUCUGGGACACCGAAUGGUAUGAAAUAUUUGCAAAAAGACUCACAAUACCACCAAUACACCCCCGUCACAUACCAGUCGUGGAAAAGAAAGCUUUGGGAAUCGACCGGAAAUGAUCGUCUCUAUUACAACAAUCUACCCCCGAAACGAGUGCGAUCGUUGUCGGAUUUUGGGACCGAAGAUAAAGAAUCUUCUUUGUGGACGGAAGCUAAUCAUCUCAACAUAAGCCACCAUCUGGGAUGGGAACAUUUCCAUCACUACCGCGACAGAAGAAGUCUUUUCCAUCAUCUGGAGACAACGGUGUCCAAUUUCUUUGGAUUCCAUAUGCGCGAAUGUUUGCUGAGGGCUAUUUGCGAAGCACGGAACCUUCUACCUCCCAAGGGACGUUCCAUGACUGUUGAUAUAUUGCGGGUCAUUUUCACAUACCCGCUAAAGGCUGACCUUACCGACGAGUACAGUGAGAUGUUGCGAGCAGAAACUCCAAACUGCAGAGAAUUAUUCAAGGACCGUUGUCGGUUGAGUGUACUGCAGUUGAUAUUGUUCGGAAGAUUUGAGCUAUAG